AUGCCUGAAACAAGAGACUCUGCAGUGAAACACUUCUACCAGAGUGCUGUGGACAAGGCCUUACGGAGUCUAAAUGGACACCUAGACUUGUUCCUCCGCUUCCUCCUGGGUCUUUCACUGCAGACCAAUCAGACUCUCCUACAUGGCCUGCUGACACAGGCAGGAAGUAGCUCACAGACCAAUCAGGAAACAGUCCAGUACAUCAAGAAUAAGCUCAGUGAGAAUCUGUCUGCAGAGAAAAGCAUCAAUCUGUUCCACUGCCUGAAUGAACUGGAUGAUCGUUCUCUACUGAAGAAAUACUCUGCUUCAGAGGAGGCUCUUCUGAGGCUGCUGCCAGUGGUCCAAGCCUCCAACAAAGCUCUAUUGAGUGGCUGUAACCUUUCCGAGAGAAGCUGUGAAGCUCUGUCCUCAGUUCUCAGAUCCCAGUCCUCUAAUGUGAGAGAGCUGAACCUGAACAAUAAUAACCUGCAAGAUUCAGGAGUGAAGUUUCUGUCUCUUGGAGUGGAGAUUCCACAUUGUAAACUGGAAUCUCUCAGACUUAGAGGUUGUAACCUUUCAGAAAGAAGUUGUGAAGCUUUGUCCCCAGUUCUCAUAUCCGACUGCUAUAGUCUCAAAGAACUGGACCUGAGUGACAACAAUCUGCAGGACACAGGUGUGAAGCUUCUGUCGCUUGCAGCAAAGAGUCCACACUGUAAACUACAGACUCUAAGAGUGAGUCAUGGUAAUCUCACAGAGAGAAGUUGUGAAGCUCUGUCCUCGGUUCUCAACUGCCAGUCCUCUAGUCUGAGAGUGUUGAACCUGAGUAACAACAACCUGCGGGAUUCUGGCGUAAAGCUUCUGUCUGCUGGACUGAAGAGCCCACACUGUAAACUAGAAGUUCUUGUACUGAGUGACUGUGACCUCUCAGAUAGGAGUUGUGAAGAUCUGUCCACACUUUUCAGUUCGGACUCAUCUAGUCUGACUGAGCUGGACAUGAGUAGCAAUAACUUUCAGGAUACAGGAGUGAAGCAUCUCUGUAUUGCACUGCACAGUCCACACUGUACACUCAAAAUUCUCAGAUUAAGGAGCUGUAAUCUCUCAGAGAGAAGCUGUGAAGAGUUGUCCUCAGUUUUUAGCUCCCGGCCCUCUAGUCUGAGAGAGGUAGACCUGAGUAACAACAACCUACAGGAUUCAGGAGUGAAGCUUCUUUCUGUUGGCGUGAAGAGUUCAACUGAGAUGAAAACUCUCAGGCUGAGUGGCUGUAAACUCUCUGAGAUAAGCUGUGAAGCUCUGUCCUCAGUUCUCACCUCCCAGCCCUCUAGUCUGAGAGAGCUGGACCUAAGUGACAAUGACCUGGGGGAUUCAGGAGUUAAGCUGCUGUCUUCUGGAGUGGAGAGUACACUCUGUAAACUGGAAAUUCUCACACUGUCAGGAUGUGUGAUCACAGAUCAGGGCUGUGAUUCUCUGGCUUCAGCUCUGGAGUCCAACCCCUCCCAUCUUAGAGAGCUGGACGUGAGCUACAAUCAUCCAGGAGACUCAGGAAUGAAGCUGCUCUUGGCUGGACUGAAGGAUCCAGGCUGGAGACUGGACACUCUCAGGGUGGAGCCUGCUGGAGUCCGAUGGUUGACACCAGGUCUGAGGAAGU